GGAUAUAUGCCCAAAGUGUAGAAGCCGACACCAUCAAGUUACAUAGUUACAGGGCGACUUGAGCCCUGUUUGCAACAUUCUAGAGGAAUGGGGCAACACGGCCUAUUCGUCGCCGCUGCCGCAGCGGCAUUGCUCCUGAUCAGCUCUGUUGUCCACGUAGAGGCUGACAAUCUUGUGGUUACCUGCGGUAGUACCAUCAAGCUACAGCAUGUGGCAACAAAGGCGCGCCUGCAUUCCCACCAAGUAGCCUACUCUCGCGGCUCGCAGCAGCAAUCGGUGACUGGCUUCCCCGACGGGGACGACGGAAACUCCCUGUGGUUGGUCCAGGGGCCGGCGUCCGAGCCCUGCGUGCCGGGCGCUCCGCUGCGGAAGGGCUCCAAGCUGCGCAUGCUACACGUCUCCACCCGCAAGUGGCUGCACAGCCACCUGUAUCAGUCGCCGCUGUCCAACAACCAGGAGGUCAGCGCCUUUGGCACAGACACGCAGACGGACGGCGGUGACAACUGGGUUCUGGAGUGGGAGGGCAAGGGGAAGCUGUGGAAGCAGAACACCAAGGUCCGCUUCAAGCACGUGGACACCAACGCCUACUUGUACUCGCACGACGCCAAGUACGGCAACCCCAUCGCCGGCCAGUUCGAGGUGUGCGCGAUGGCGAGCAAGAACAAGAACGCCGAGUGGGUGGCGGCGGAGGGCGUAUACCUGCCCCAGCCCAAGAAGGAGGGCGACGCGGACGACGACAAGGAGGAGCUGUGAGCAGCUGCAUCUGCGUGGGCUCAGACGGAGUGCAAUGUAGCGGCUGUGACCUGUGGCUCUUUGGCGGCCGCGCUGCAGCACGAUGUGCGUGCAUGUGUAUGCACGCAGCUGCGGCAGAAAGAGCGCUGCGGCGGCUGGGCGUAGCUGGCUGUGGAUGCUGACAUCGCAGGAUGCUGAGAGGGGUGUGCAAGUGGCCCACGCGAUGGGCGCUGCUGGUAGCUGCGCGGGGGCAGGGCAUGGACGUGAGCUCACACGUGAGCUUGGCGUCCGGCUCGGCAAGGUGGAUUGCGAUGGACGUAAGCUGAAUGCUGGGUGGCGGACCACUCACGGCUCGGAUUGGAGGGGAGUGGUCUAGCAGGAGGAGAUACCGUGGGGCGAGCGAUUGAAUCCAGCAUACGUCAGCUGUAGGUCGUUAGUCCCGCUUUUGAUGUAAGUGUCGUGACAUUCUGUCAGCAUGGGCAGAACAUUUGCUGGAGGUCAGAGCUUGCAGCGUCACGCAGCGGUUGCCAGAGUGGGAAAGGGCGUGGGGAAAUCCUGACACAGUGGACAAGAAAGGUGGCUCUCCCUGUAGCAGGAAACAGCCGUUAAAGGACUAGUUGAUGA